CGCAACAUGCGGGAAGGUACAAUAGCGCAAGCCAUCACGGCGAUCUGCUGGGCCAUCGCCAGUUAGCCACUAGGACCCACCGCUCCGGAUUGACCCCUCUGCGAAAAAACAACAAAGAGGCCGCCUCCAUGCAACAUGCAGAUGAUCCUGGUUGCUGGCGGAUCGCUGCCGAAACUCAGCAGCCAGGACGAGGAUGGGACGAACCCCCACACCCAAUACACAGGCGUCACACACUUCGAACCCAUACCGCACGAUCAUGAUUUCUGCGAAAGGGUCGUCAUCAACGUGAGCGGACUACGGUUUGAAACACAGCUGCGUACGCUGAACCAAUUUCCGGACACGCUGCUCGGCGAUCCGUCACGGCGGCUCCGAUACUUCGAUCCAUUGCGCAACGAAUACUUUUUCGAUCGGAAUCGACCUUCCUUCGAUGCCAUACUCUACUACUAUCAGAGCGGCGGCCGUCUACGCCGUCCGGUCAACGUCCCGCUCGAUGUCUUCUCCGAAGAAAUCAAGUUCUACGAACUGGGCGAGAUGGCUACCAACAAGUUUAGGGAAGACGAGGGCUUCAUCAAGGAGGAAGAGAAGCCGCUGCCAUCACACGAGUUUCAGAGAAAAGUCUGGCUCUUGUUCGAAUAUCCGGAAAGCUCGCAGGGUGCCCGGGUGGUCGCUAUAAUCUCUGUGUUCGUGAUUCUCCUGUCGAUCGUGAUCUUCUGCCUGGAGACAUUACCCGAGUUCAAACACUACAAGGUCUUCAACACGACGACGAAUGGCACGAAAAUCGAGGAGGACGAAGUGCCGGACAUCACGGACCCGUUCUUCCUAAUAGAGACUAUCUGUAUCAUCUGGUUCACAUUCGAGUUAACAGUGCGCUUCCUCGCCUGCCCAAAUAAAUUCAACUUCUUCCGUGACGUAAUGAACAUCAUCGAUAUCAUCGCGAUCAUUCCAUAUUUCAUCACUCUCGCCACGGUAGUGGCUGAGGAGGAGGACACGCUAAAUUUACCCAAGGCACCGGUAAGCCCGCAAGACAAAAGUACGAACCAGGCGAUGUCCUUGGCGAUACUCAGGGUGAUCAGGCUGGUCCGAGUGUUUCGGAUAUUCAAGUUAUCCAGACACAGUAAAGGCCUUCAGAUCCUCGGGCGGACCCUCAAGGCCUCCAUGAGGGAACUCGGGUUGCUCAUCUUUUUCCUUUUUAUCGGUGUGGUGCUAUUCUCGUCGGCGGUAUACUUCGCGGAGGCCGGCUCCGAGAAUUCAUACUUCAAGUCCAUUCCGGACGCGUUCUGGUGGGCCGUUGUCACGAUGACGACCGUGGGCUAUGGUGACAUGACGCCCGUCGGGGUUUGGGGAAAAAUUGUGGGUUCGUUGUGUGCAAUCGCCGGUGUUUUGACGAUUGCUCUACCCGUUCCCGUAAUUGUCUCCAAUUUCAACUACUUUUAUCAUCGUGAGACUGACCAGGAGGAAAUGCAAUCACAGAAUUUCAAUCAUGUUACUAGUUGUCCGUAUCUUCCUGGCACCUUAGGUAUGAAGAAGAUCUCGAUGUCAGAAUCUUCGUCAGAUAUGAUGGAAUUAGAAGAAGGCACCUUAUUCUCUCAUCAGGAGAUUACGAAGAAGUCAAAUUGUAACCCUCGCCACAAUAAUAAUAUCAAUCCAGCUUGCAUGAGUAUCGAGACUGAUGUCUGACUACUAGUGAAGGAGACGGUGGCAGCAUGGUGGCCGUUAUUGAGCCAAUUGUCAAAGGGAUGCAUCUGCAUUUCCCUGCGGUGCCUGACGUAGAGGCCUCCUUCACCCGUCAUCAUAGUCGUAAGCGGCUGGCAUCACUCGCUAGCCUGUCCAGGUCCGUCAUUGCGAGGGGCGUCUCAGGUCAAAAAAUACGCGAAGGAUCACUAGAAUGAUCCUUCGAAGAGCCGAUCUGGCAGCUUUUUCCAUCUGAGACGUUGAAAAAACAGAAGAGAGUGAGGUGGAUCCAAGGGUGUGUGAAGAGCUAGAAAUGGGGAUGAAUCUAUAACCCGGUUUCGAGACAUCAUCACCUUUUCCACCUUCUCAACGAGCUUGCGCCCCGCGUAAGGACCCACGUGCGAACGAAGGGGAUGGGAUAUUCCUCGUCCGCGUGCGAGCGUGUACGCGUGCGGCCCAACCCCCGACACCACCGACUCCAGUGUUCAAAACAAAAAAAAAAUAAAGAUGUAACAAAUGAUACCAAAGAAACAUCUUGGCGUUUUCGUAUAAGCGCUGUCGAGUGUCCCCCCGUCCUUACGGGCUCCUCCGCCUUUCAAAAUACCAAACAGGUGAAAUAAAGAAGGGGGAGCCAGUGAAGCGGAAGCAACAAAUGGGGAUUGUACCAGAUAAUACUAUAUUAAUUAUCAAUAUAAAUUAAUUGAUUACCGUACAUGUAGGGUGAGGGUAAGUUAACAAAGUACAUUUUAUGAUUAUCACAAAUGCGAGAACGUUUAGAAAAUGCUGCUUGCGGAGAAAGCGACAAGAAAGCUUGUAAAAGAUGCAUUAAAAAUGUAGAACUGAAUGAUGGUGACUACAAAGACAAAGAGAAAGAGAGAGAAAGAGAGAGAGACAGAGAGAGAGAGAGAGAGAGAGAGAGAGAGGCAAAAGGAAACGAGAAAAAGAGAAAAAGAUAAAGUGUGUGUACGGCGUAGACUGUUCUGUUCCUUUGUUUUUCUUUUUUUAAACAAAGGACACUAAGAAAGCCGAUUUUCUAAUCAAUUUGCCAUUGUAUGAUAUAUUAUUCGACAAUAGGAUUUAUUUUUAGUCUUACUACAUUCACGCA